GGUUUUAGUUGCUAACAGGCCUUCCUCGGGAGCAGAUCUCUAUUGUUAAAAGGUUUUCUUUUCAUUCUUAUUAACUAAAAAAACAGUAUACUCUAUAAAGAUGCUGUUGGUACUAUUACCAUUGUGCUUCUUGCUGACUGUCCAAGCUGGUUCCUUGGAGGAGGUUUUCAUAACCCAUCAAGUGGUUCCCGAUGUCAUCCCCGAGCCACCAAACCAGUUAUUAAAGGUCACUUACAGCAAUAACCUCGUGGCCAAGGAUGGAGUGGAGCUAACACCCACUCAAGUUAAGGACCAACCGACUGUGGAGUGGGACGCACAGCCGGGCGAGUUCUACACCCUCAUCAUGACCGACCCCGAUGCACCCAGUCGGGCGGAGCCCAAGUUCCGCGAGUUUAAGCACUGGGUCCUGGUCAAUAUCGCCGGUAAUGAUUUGGCCAGCGGGGAGGCGAUCGCCGAAUACAUUGGCUCCGGUCCUCCCCAAGGAACGGGUCUGCAUCGCUACGUCUUCCUGCUGUACAAACAGUCCGGCAAACUUGAGUUCGACGAGGAGCGCGUGAGCAAUAAAUCCCGCAAGGAUCGACCGAAAUUCAACGCAGCCAAGUUCGCCAAAAAGCAUCAGUUAGGAAAUCCCAUCGCCGGCACUUUCUAUCAAGCCCAGUACGAUGACUAUGUACCCAAACUGCACCAGCAACUUUCAGCAAAUUAAUGAUGUGUUGAACAAUGGUUUACUAGCCAUUCAGAGACUAUUAAAAAAUUCAAAACCAAUAAAAUAAUGCGUUUUUAACACAAGAAUCGAAAAAGUGUUAGUACGGGAGACAAAAGGUUAAUAAAAAGUUCAUUGGAUCUAAAAA